GGUGACUCCAUUGCUGCUGUUGCUUUAACUGCUGCUCCUAUCAGUGAAAGACUAUACGGCGGCUUGCGUGUAGUCCUCGGCAGGCCGUUGUGGGACGCAGGUUGGAGAAGGAGAAUGGCUAAGACAAGCUGGACGAACUUUUUCCUUUCGGUCUUCGAUUACAAAACGGAAAAAUAUAUUAUCGCAAAAAACAAGAAAGUCGGCGUACUGUUCAGGGUUUUCCAGGUGUCUGUUCUUGCAUACAUUAUCGGGUGGGUCUUCCUGACAAAGAAAGGAUAUCAGGAAAGAGAUGAUGCAAUUCAGAGUUCUGUGAUUACUAAACUGAAAGGGGUUGUUCUCACCAACACAACAGACAGUGGACUCCAUUUGUGGGGUCCAGAGGAUUAUGUUAUUCCUCCACAGGGCGAGAGAGUAUUCUUCAUAAUAACAAAUUUCAUAGAGACACCAAACCAGAGGCUUGGCCACUGCGCAGAGAGCAUCAAGGUGCUUGAUGGUCACUGUCGGGUGAAUGAGGACUGUGCUGAAGGGGAGGCGGUAAUAUCUGGACAUGGGAUAAAGAGUGGGCGUUGUCUGAAUUCUACAGGUACCUGUGAGAUAUAUGGCUGGUGUCCCAUUGAAAAAGUACAUAAACCACGGGAAGCAAUUUUACGAAAAGCUGAAAACUUCACAGUCUACAUAAAGAACUUCAUCAGGUUUCCUAAAUUUCAAUUUUCAAAAUCAAAUGUCCUGGAAACAAACAAUGACAUGUAUUUAAAAAAGUGCCUGUAUAAUCAGACCCAGCACCCUUACUGCCCCAUAUUCCGCCUGGGAGACCUUGCCAGAUGGGCUGGCCACAGUUUUCAGGACAUGGCUUUGAUGGGCGGGUCAAUUGGAAUUGUGAUACAAUGGAACUGUGACCUGGACAAGGACUACUCAAAGUGCAAUCCACGCUACGGUUUCACUCGGCUGGACGUGAAAUCAAACAGUUCCAUCACUUCUGGGUAUAACUUCAGAUAUACUCGUUAUUACAAAGACGCUGCAGGGCAGACGUACCGAACCCUGUUUAAAGUGUAUGGAAUUCGCAUCGACAUCAUGGUGACUGGGGAGGCUGGGAAGUUCAAUGUAAUCCCCACCAUAGUAAAUAUUGGGUCAGGGCUUGCUUUAAUGGGUGCCGGAGUGUUCCUCUGUGACAUGGUGCUGCUGUACAUGAUGAAGAAGAGCACGCUCUACCGAGAGAGCAAAUUUGAAACUACCAAGUAUGAAUCUGUCAGAUGGAAAAAUAAGGGCAAGGAACUGAACACUGCGUUAGAUGACGGAACACCCAGCAGACAGGAUAUGUGGCGAGGAAAAUUCAUCGAGCUGUCACCGAACAAUUCAGAAGUGAAAAGCUAAGGCAGGCUUUGCCAGCACUGUCAGUGAGCAAGACUGGUGUCUGAGGCGGGGAGUGAGGUGCUAGCUGCUGAAUUCAGUUCGAGUUCCUCCUGCCUUCCCCAUCAGCACUCGGAACACGGACCAGGACAAGAAGAAACAGGGCCCUGGACAUCUCUGCUGACAGUCUGUAGUCACACACCACGGCUCCCUGUGGUUCAACUGGGGCAAAAGACACUGCGUUGCGUGGCUGGAAAACGUGUCGCCAAAGAGAAUAACACCAUUCCUGUUUAUUUCCUUGUUGCUGUUUUAUGAAUGACAUGCAGGGUGCAUUUUGACCUUUGUCAUCAAGUUUGUUGUGGCCAUUUGCUGAGACUUUUCUCUGCUGAUGGUGAGCGACGGACCAUAAUCUUUCAACAUGAACUCAAUAAGUAUCAGAAGACAUACUGACAGGUGUCUCUGAAAAUCUUAAAAGGCAUACUAUUAGCCUGAAAAUAUAAAAAUAACCAUGCUAAGGCAUAUCUAUGAUGCACUGGCAAUCUCUUGUCUUUAUGCAUUUUAGCCAAAUUCAUGCAUCUUUACCUGUAUUUAUUAUUCUAAAAUGUGUUGCUGGGCAUGACACUCUUCUCUGUGGGGAGGAGUUUGCGUGGCUACAGAGCCUGUGGUUUGGGAUUACAUUUUGUGUUUGCUGCUAGCUAUCUACAGUAGCUACCGGAAAAACCCAGAUAAAAAUGCAAAAAAAAGAAAAAGCCGACAGGGCUCGUUCAAGAGCUAGUUAACCUAGGAGUUGCUUUUCCUCAGUGGUGUCAGCUGAAGUUCACCAAGGAAAUGAAAAGCGAUGCAGAGUUGGCUUGUUUGCUGCUGGACCUGUAAGUAAUGUCACCUGCAGUGUGAAGCUAAUGACGAUAUGGGCUUUCGCGAGGGCCUGAAAUUUUCGAAAUGAAAAUCCCAACAAUAAAACCACUAUUACGUUCAACAUAAUGGAAUUAAGAUAUAAUUGAAUCUUCUUACUGCUGCUGAUGGUCACUCAUUUCACGGUACUAACGUUGACCUCUAGCUGUCUAGCUAGCUACGUUGGGUGGGGUACUCGGGGUGGAGUUGAAGAUGGAGGAGGAUACUUCUUUGACUGUAAACACAGUACCACAACAUGGCUAAAAAUCCCACAUAGUAUGCCUUCAACAUCCAAUAUGAGGCGGUUCUAUGGAAUGUCAGAUCUUUAUUUGUGAAAGCUCCUAAAAUUCUACAGAAACUGGGUCUUCUGUAGGUCAGAAGUGCAAACCAAAUACGGUUUGCCUGUGAUGUCAAGUGAAAUUAACUGGGAAAAAAUUUCACAUUUCAUUUCACAAAAUGAAUGAAUGGCUUUUCAGUCAAGUUAAGUAUUUAAAGGAGAAUUUAGAAUAACUGUUUCUAUUUAUGGUGAUUAGAGGUGCAUGAUAUGUAAAUUCAGGGACUGGUUUCAAUAACAAAUACUUGACUUGCUAUAUUGACUGAUGCCAAUGUUGAUUCCUACCUGUCCUACAUUACAGCAAGUUUCCACAUUAAUGGAAGUCGAUGAGCAUAGACAUCAACCUCUGAAGGAAAAUGUAACAUUAUUUGUAUUGCACAGUAUUUCAAAGUGCUUCGUUUUUAAAUUAGUGAGCGUGAGCUUCAUGAGUCUAUUGUUUUGUUUGUGAGACUGGCUGGUGAUAUGUUAAAUUAAAAAUAAGAGGUUCAGAUUAAUUUUAUUAAAUCAUUUUUAUUAUGCCUUUUUUCAGGGAUUCAAUGGCCUCCACACCGUGUCCUAAGUCUGUAUGCACUGAAGCAUGUAUUUGAAUAGCGAGAUGAAAUCCAUUAAAUAUAUCUAUAAAUAUA